UUUGAAAAAGGGAAUAAAAGAGUCAGAGGUAAUACGACAUUGACUGCAGUGCUUUCUCUUUCCUAUGUCUAACGGCUCCAUCGCCUCUACGUUGGGAAAUUUUCAAAAAAAUUGCUCUUCUCACUGUUCCAUUUUUCUAUCAAAAUAAAUUAAAUUCAAGUUUGAUUCUGAAUCACUCACUCUGGGGUUCAGACUCAUCUUUAUAGCAAAUGGGUUGUUGUCUCAGCAAGAAACCUUCUCCGAUCCCUCUCUCCAGUGGUGAUGUUAAAUCCCCAGACCCAGUCAAACCCGAUGUUAAUAAACCCACUAAACCGGUGAUUGAGCUGCCGGUUAAACCGGCGAUCGAGAGUCCUUAUCCAGCAGUGGAAGAAGCCAAACCAAUUAUAUCCGAGAAGGUAGAGAAAGAAGAAGAGAAUGCUACAAGUAAGGAUGUUUCAGCUUCUGUAGCGGUGGAGAAGUCAUCCGUGAGGACCUCAAGCUGUACGAAAGAAGAAGUUGACGCGAUACUGAUCCAAUGCGGGAAGCUAAGUCGGAGCAACUCCAAAACAAGAAGAUACUCUGGCUCAAAGAGAAGCUUCGAUUUUGACCAGAACGAGAGGACACGUGGCGGCGGCGGCGGAGAAGUGGAAGGGGAGGAGGAGAGAAGGAAGACGACGCCUCAAAGGAAUCGUGACCGUGGAGGAGUAGAGCGAGCGAACGGUUCGCCUCGCGAGAGGAGAAGACGAACUCCAAGCAGAGAAAGAGAAAGAGGCGGCGCCGCCGGUGGAAGCAGACGGGUGAGCAGGUCUCCCGCAAAACGAUCAGAGGCGAUAAACCCUAGUGGCAAUUUAGUAAUUUCGAGCAACAUUAAGUUUGUUACAGUUCCCGCCACGGACCCCUCGAGUAAACGAGUCACUGUUAAGAGGAGCAUCGGAGAAGCUUGUAGAACCGCUGCGAUGAGUAAUGUUCAGCCUCCUCCUCGGAGAAAGCCACUGGGAGUAAUCGAUCAGAACGCGACAAAAGGAGACAAGAAGAAGAAGAUGAUAAAGAGAGAGAACGAAGAUAAGAGACCACAAGUGAUAAGCAGAAGCAGAUCGCUGAGGAGAUCACGGGACUUCGAUCUCAGUCCAGAGACAUUGUUGUUGCAAUCAAGCGAAGAAGACAAGAGCAGUUACACCGCGCUGUUGCUGAAAGACAUUAAGGAUUUCCAUGGGAAGAGUAGUAAUGAUGAUGAUGAUGAGGAGGAGGAGGAUCCGUUUAGUCGUCUUCCGUCUUGUGUUACUAAAGCUUGCUCCAUUGUCGAAGCAGUGGCGGAUCUUAACUCCACCAGCUCUGACUUGAACCGGUUUAGAUUCACAUCUACUGUGAAGAAAGUGGAUUUGGUAGAACCGAGAUUUGAGAAGUAUGUGACUGUGAAGAGAGGUUGUUGUUCGUUGGAGAAGCAAGAAUCAUGUGGUAGCAACAAUCUUACGUGACCAGAGUUCGAUUUCUCAGGCAACAACUCUACUACUCUCUGUGUUGUUGCAGUUUCAAGCUUUAGUUUAAUUCUUUUUGUUUAUUGUAUUGCCCCUCCCCCCAUGUUUUCAUUCACUUCAAUCGAAUCUUUUCUUCAACA